UCUCUCUCCUCAUAUCACACUUCCCUUUCCCUCCUUUCUGCAACUCAAUGGCGGAAGCACACACCAAACGCCACCACGAAAAUGACGGCGACUCUCAAAUUGAAAAUACAAAACGCCAUAGAAGUUCUUACAUUAAUGAACAACAAGAAACUUUGCAAGAUUUAUCAGAUUUCUUCACAAAUUUUUCUUCCGACCCAUUUCUUUAUUUCACCCAACAACCAGAUAACGCCUCAGCCUCAAACAUAAAGAAAGAACUGGUCGAAGAAGAUGAUGAGAAAGAAAGGGCUAUUAGACACCUGUUUGAAGCUUCCGACGAUGAGCUAGGUAUACCCAGCAGGGUUGAGGAUGGCGGAGACGAUGGGGAAGUUGGUGUCUGUGGCGGAGGUGGUGAUGAUAUAGCCGGAGAAGAAUACGGGGAUUUUUCGUUGGCUUUAUGUGAUGGGUUAUGGGAGCUUGAAGAUGAGGCUGCUAAUUAUUACACUCUGUUGCAAAGUGAACUUUUUAUGCAAUAGUUUUCUUUUGGGGGGUUAGAAGUGAUAAAACAGAUUAUGUUGGGGGAUGUGGAUGAAAUGAGUGAGGUUGAAAAAGAAAUGGAUAAAAGUUUUGAGAUUUUCAUUUUGCAACCUCAAGCACUAAAAUAUCCCUUAGGUUAUUCAAAACUUUUACAAGAAAAGAAUGUGCAUGACUACUUAUUAUAUUUAUUUGUUUA